AACUAAACCCACAAGCAUAUUUGUGAUAUAGGUCACAAAGCGACAGCCAUAGCGAGCAGAAGUGAUCAUCUCGUGCAUUUAGUUGCUUCUGGACUUUGACUUUUUGGUUUGUCUUGAGACGAGGAAAUGUCAGAGUGCUGAGUGCCAAAACUCCAGCGACAUGAAGUGGUUAUGUGCGUUGCUGCUGCUUGGGGCUGCGGCGUCGACGAGUUCGGCAAAUCAGAGCCCCGUCGUGGACUGGCAGUUUGCCCCUCCAUGGCAACCUCUGCACGCACCUUGUCUCUCGUGCAGACAAGGCAGUCGUGCCAUCGAAGAUGACCAGCAAACAAGUGCCAGCACCAAGCAUGUGGCCAAGUUAAACACAAUUACCUUCGAGAAUCUGAAGCCCGGCGUUCCAACUCGUCUUACUCCCGAUGGUUCAACAACCAUUGUCAAGAUGGCAAUGGAAAAGUUCCAGACGUCGGAUAAUUCAAGUGUACAGUUAGUGUACAUUCCUCAGCGUGGGCUCUCAAACAUUGCUGAUGAACAUUCGAAUAAGAUGAUCGCGUCUGAAUCUAGUCCUGCACCAGCAACCGAUUUCGCACCAGCUGUUUUGAAUGCGCCAUCCUCUGCUAAACAAAAGAGGGACCAUCGAAUUCAAGGAGGAUCAACGGGAAAUAUAAAGUCGUUCCCGAUGACAUUGGUUGCGGCUGAAGGGAAAGAAGCGGCUGCCCGAGAGCAGCUGCAGCUGUUGGAAGCAGCUCUGAGCUCUCCAGAAGCUACCAGGUCGAAGAAUGGAGAAUUACCUAGGGUGUUUAUUGCACCCUCCAACAUUCCUCCGCCACCAGGAUAUGUGAAAAUUCCUUUGGUGCCUCAAAAACAAACUCAAAAAUCCAAUAAUAAACUGCCAUCUACAUUUUUAACUCACAGCAAUCCCAGGCCUCUGCCUCCUGGCUUUGUCAGGUUGUCGUUGCCGUCCUCCGUGUCUCAUUUGUCGAACGAAAUUCCCCUCGUGAAACCUGAGAAGCUGCCGUCUCCUUCAUCGGUAAAUCCUGUUUCUGGUUCAUCAACAGCCAAACAAACGAGUCGAGAAAACGUAGUAAGGAAUCACUCUACUCCUCCCCCGCCACUAUUUGAAGCAAGAGGUAACUCAAUAAAAGAUACCACAAGACAUGUCAUAGGUAAAGAUAUUUUUGACAGCCAGCAAGACUUCUCUUUUCCGCAAACCAGGGGAAACCGGAACGAAAUCGAAACAGAAAAUUUCUCCCAACCAGAACUUAUUUUACAAAACGUAGGUCGACCAGAAAUACGCAACGAAAGGACGCCUCUCCCUGCAAUACAUCAGCAACAAACCGACCACUUUAAUUUACCACAACAUAGCAGACCAGAUCAUAGACUUAAAGAAACUGACGGGGGCCAUGCAAUCUCUCGAGAAAAUUCGUUCAGGGAAACAGUAAACAACAAAAAGGAAGCUCAAGAAUUAUCUGAAAGACCACGACCCCAGCCUCAUACUUUAGCUGUACCCAGUCAGGGCCAACAACCAGAUUUUUCCGAUCCGCGAUUCAUUGUAAGAACUAAUUUGAGUCCAGGGAACUUUGAACAUCAACUUCGACUUCAAAAUUUCAAUCAAAAUGUACCACGAUCUCAACCAAGCAUUUCACAAUCUCCAAAGAAUUUCCAACAAAUUGGUAGGCCCGUAAGCACUGGUGUGUUCAAUCAGCCACAACCAAUCGGAGGUAAUCUCUUCCCAAAUAACGGAGUGUUCGUUCACCCACAUCCAAGUGGAGGUAACUCGUUCAUUAACCACGCUGGAUUAAGUCAGCCACAACCGAGUAGAGUUAACCACUUCACCAAUAGUGGUGGGUUCAAUCAACCGCAACCGAAACCAAUUACUAAAGAGAGGCCAUUAAAAGAAAACACAGUUCGAGAGUCGUCAGAACGCUCAAGACCAUUGCCUGUCGCACAUGGUUUCUCUACGACCGAGGAUGGACCCCGAUCUUUCGUCAAUCAGAAUAUUGCUCAUCCUGGAAUCCAAAGCCACGAAAGUUUCCAAUCGAGCUCUGCUGUUCGUACCAAUAAAGGGGAUAACUCACGCCUUGCGUCAUCCAAAAAAGCAUUCCAGCCUCUUCCCAAUGCGGUUAGUAAUCAAGAAAUCCACGCUCUCAUUGAAAACAGCGGGCGCGGCAGCGAAGUUGCGUCAUCUACAUUUUCUUCGUUCCCUUCAAACAGCAAAGAAAGAAAUGUUCAGUUACCCGGAACAGAAUCUGUAGAUCUCAAACUUAUACCUGCCAAAGGAAUUCGAGUUACAUCUAGAGGUGAACCGAAACCGUUGGAACAACCUAGGUCAGGGUCUGUUGCAACUACGGAAUCUAAUAACUUCGUCUCGCCUCAAACUUUUUCACAUUCAUCUACCACAGCUGCUCCUCAAUUGCAGCGUGGCAUCCACAUUCCUGCACUAAAUAUUCUUUCAAAUAUUGGAACACCAGCUACCGUUUCAUUCCGGGACAGAAAACCAGAUCUAAAUGGAGUACAGAGUAUUCCUCCGCCACAUGAUCCGCGAUUCGAUGAAAUGAUAAAGAAGCAGGAACAGGGAAGUGCCCGGUCGAGAGAAAAAGACCUAUCUGGUAGACCAGAAACAAAUCAUAAUGUUAACCCAGUAAAUUCCAUUGCAACCCAAUUCGUAGAUGCUGGACCGCCAGUCGUUCGUCUGCAAUCAAAUGUUAGAGUGAAUACUCAUGACAGAGAACAACAUAGGCAACCUUCGAAUGAAGCGCAUGAUGAUAGAAUUCCAAUUCGCGUUACUUCUUUCCCUCAAUCUGCUCCACCAUCACCACAAGCACCCUUCUCUCCGCAUAACCAUUUCCGAGGAAAUCACGCUUUCCAUCAAACUACAGCUGCUCCAAGAAUUACAACUUUUUCACCUAAAAAUCGCUUCCGCGUUCCAACGUCGACAUUUUCCUCUGUAGCAACACCCUUCCCUUUCCUCGGCACCUCAACGUUUGACCUUCCAAGAUCCCUUCCAUUCACUACAUCAAUUCCAAGCAGUAGUCCAUUCAUAACGACUACGCAAUCAUCCGUUAUCGAUGAAAAUAGAUUUGUGAAUGAAAAUACAGAAGCGUUCUUUGAUUCAACCGAUAGUCCAUUUAUUUCUGGCGCCGGCCAAGCCUUUUCAAGUGAUUCACCAUCUUUUUUCACCACCAUUAGGCCAGAUGGAAGUGUUCCGUCGUUUACAGGAUCUCCCGAUAUCCCUUCAUUCUUUGAAUCAACAACUUCACCUCCGUUUUCUCCUAAUAGAGCUUUCCCGUCUAGCAGCACAGUUAGGCCUCUCGGAUUUACAAGCGAUAGAGCCUCAUCAGAAGUGAGAACUGUUGGCCCCUUCAAGAUCCAACCAUUCUUCAAUUCUUUUGCUGUACCUCAUUCAAUUCCGAACUCGCUAGAAUCUCAGCAACAAAGCGUGUCAUCCCAGCAGCAGUUUGAGAUAGCACGGAAUGAGGCGAGACGCCCGUUCCUUUCAUCUAGCACAGCUUCUCCGCCUGCGUUGCACGAGCCUUUCAGAAAUUCCCAACAAACGCACGAUAAUCUUCAUUUGGCUUCACCCAUCACUGAUAAUAGACAUACCGGUCAGAUUUCAGCUCUCCCAGCGAUUUCAAAUCAGGGAUUGCGUGGACGAUUCCAGGGUAAUAAUGGGAGAUUGCCCCAGCAACCACCGCCCUUUAAUCAGCUAGAGCCCUUCAACGACGGACAUUUCCUAAGGCCUCAACCUGAUAAUGUUUCACCAACUCCAGAGAAAAUUGAUGUUCCUCAAGGAGAUUUUGUUAACGAAAAAAAUGAAGGCGAAGAAAUUCAGCAUGAAAAUCCUAACGAUAAAGAAGUGGAGGAUUCAGUUGUCAUUCUAAAAGAGAAUACAUUCAAACCAAAUUUCGGGGUAGUAGGUACAAAAUCAAAUGGAAGAUCGACCACGAAUUCUAUUACUCAAUUUGCAUCGACGACGCCAGCUUUGAUUUCAGACCACGAGAAUGAAAGUUCAUUAGGAUUUGUCGACAAAACAGAAGAAACAACGAUCUUCCCUCCGUUCAAUGUUGUUCGAAAAAGGCAGAGAUUGAACAAAGGAACGGAUGAAGUGAAGGAAAAACAUGAAGAGCCUGCAAAGAAAACACAUCCUCUAGUGUUCACUCGCAAAUUGCGACAAAGAUUUAGGCCGACACAAAAUGCUGAUCAAGCAUCAUCCGGCAGCAAACCGACCGUGGUGAGUAGAAUUACAACGACUUCAACAACUCCACCUGCAAAUGCUCGCAGUAGACUGAAUAUUUCGAACAGGAUAAGAGGUCGCAACCGACCAACAUCAACAACUACUGAAAGUGUUCUGUCCGAGCAGUUAACUCCUGCAGAUGAAAUACAAGAAACGGGGCUUUCGUUAGCGGAAGCUGGUCUGGUGAUGAAAACUAUAUCAGACGGUGCUCAACAGGAUGAUGAAAGUCCCAAACUACGAAAGCGGUUGCCUCAAGGCCAGCGGCGCAAGAGACCUGGUGGUCGAAGAGUACCAGAGUGGGUCAAAGAACGAAGGAGGAGACUGAGGAACAAUUUGACCACAGAACCACCAGUGAUUCAAGAAACCUCCCUAGAUGACCCUCCUGCAGACUUUAUCGAAAAUAAUGAUUUCCCGUUAGCAGAGUCUGCUAGAGUUACAUUCACGCAACCAAGAGAAAAUUUACCGCAGUCCAAUGAAGAAGAGGCGACUGAUCGUUCACCUGCAACUGAAAAUUUGGAAGGGGAUGUAACGGAACAUUACAGAGAAGAUGAUACAGUCACAGAAGAAAAUUUGGACGAACAGACAACUGAAACGGUUUUCAGCGAUGCCAUUGACAACGCUCAUGAAAUUUCGGAGGGAAUAAGCACCUCUUCCACAACCACUUCUGCUCCUUCCAUUUCCUCAGCUGAAUUCGGACUUCGAAAUGAUUCUGGAAUUCAAGAAAAAGCCCGACCACAAAUCGAUAGAAGGAUAGUGCCUCUUCACACUCGAACGUACGUACAACAGGGUAAAAGCCAAAUCAAUGACUUUGACUCUGAAAAACUGACGAUUCUCGAAACCUCUAAGUAUCAAGGACGAUUCCCAUCAUUCAAUCUUCCUGCUGCGAUUAAACCUCCAACUCGAAGCUUUCUUUCUAGAGGCCAGCAGUACUUCAAAGCCCCCUCGAUCCGUGACAGAGUUUCCUUCCUAGACCGGGGUGCUAGAGACCGUGAGUCUGACAGAAACGCAGAUAAACAAGAGCAAGACGAAAUCGCACAUGAUAAAUCUGAGCCCCAGGGCAAACUAAUGGAUGGGAAAGGUGAAACGGGGCGUAAAAUUAUUGCUUUAGGUGAUGAAAACGAUCCAACAGAUCUUCCAAAAUCGAAAGAUGGUAAUGUCAGUGUGUUUGACUUAGGUCCUAAUGUUGAGUUCAUUUCUACCCGCGUUUCUUCCGUAGCACCUACGACUGAUAUUCAGACUUCUGAAUUUGACGACUCUCCUGUACAAGACGAAUCUGAAACUGGAAAGAAAGAUUAUCGAAAAGACAAGAAACCUAAAACUUUUCCCGACAACGCUUACGACGUAGACUUAGGAGUGGGUGCGAUAUUUGAUAGCCAGAAAGUUGAAGCACCAGAUGAGGAGAUGAUCAUUGGCAUACAUCAGUCAGCAGAAGAAGCAGGUUUGAGCAACGAAGGCCAAGGCCCUCGGACGUCCUCCAAUCCAAGUGAGAGCGACGACGAAGAAGUAGGAGGUGCGGUGGCUGAGUCCAGGACACACAUCGUCUACGCUCAAGCUCCAUCCGAAGUUGCCGAGAUAUACGAAAAACUUGAUACCCCCUCAGCUGGCGAUCAAAAUUAUGAUGUCGAACCAGUAACACAAAUUUCAAACGACUCCGCGAUAAACACGGACUCUUUCAUUAGUAGCGCGCAACCAUUCCGGACGGUUGAGGAAGGCUUCAAGAAAGCAGAAGAGACUCAAACUCCAGUUAGAGAUGUGUCUUUAGAAAGCACUCUUCCCGUAAUUGAAGCACCACAAAAAAGCUCCACGAUGUCCACUUUUGAAGAGAUUGAAUCGCUACUGCGUUCCCGCCCUGUCAGCAACGAAGAGGAACACAAAAUUUCCAAAGGCGAUAAUCCCAGAGCAGACCUGGCAGGUAAAGAAGGAACAGUAAUUGGGCAAUCUACAGUUUUAGAGAUUAGAAGUUCUGAGCCAAAAGUUUGCUUUUCAAACGGCCGAUGUAUCCCAGCCAAAGGUUCCAACAGGAGAUGAAGCCUCGAAAAGAAAAUUCAACUUACGGUACAGUUCUAGAAUAUACUAUAAUUUAUGAUUGUUUGAUCGCUAUCGGUUAGAAGAGUUAAGGGUAAUGUUAAAAAGCAUUUAUAUUCAGUGAGCUUAUUUUAACUGAACUGAAAUGAGAUUACUGUAAGUGUUACUGCUAACCACGCAUUAAAAAAAGAAUCAGAGGCAAAACUGCUAUAUUUCUUAAACAAACAUAGUUCAUGCUCAUAGUUCAACAGAUUCCCUAACUGGGACCAGAUUAAAAAUCUAAUUCGUCCACUUCAUGAAUACGUAGUAAAGUACGUUAUAUUUUUAAAUGUAUUUUCCCAAAUACAAUGCUUGUACAUAUAUUGAAUAUGAUAAGUCCUUACCAAGUAUUUUUAUUUCUAGCGCUAGAGAUACGUUUUCAAUUGAUAAAGUUAAUCGUUAUGCGAGUUCAGCGGCGUCACGGGGCCUCUUUUUGUGAUCGUUUCUUUAAAGAUUUUUUUUUAUAAAAAAUGCCGGCAAAUUCAAUUAAAUGUGGCCAGAAUAUAAGUUUGAAUAAAUAAACAUAAAACCAGUCAUUAUCAACAUAAAUGUGAUCAUAAAUCUAGAGGCUUAGCCUCCCUUGCCCUUGAAACCUAGUGGCGCCCCAGGGUGCCUCAACCAGGGGCCACAACCUUUUCGAUAUUCAUAUUGUCCAUUGUUUAUUAAUGAGCCGGCGUAUGUACUGGGCUACUAGCUCAUAAUUGUUAAAAUAUUUUGUUAAUUGAACGGUUUGCUCGAAAUCCUGAAGUAAUCCGAGGCUUGGGUUACUAUGGUGGGUCUAAUUUAAUUCCAUAAUCGUGUCAUACUCUGUACAUUAUGUCAAUAGAACUCGACAAUCGUCACAGCAUAAUUAAUUUCUAUUGCUAUUGCUUGGACGGAUUUAACGUUGCGACUUAGAUUUCAGCGCCCCUUGACACAAAAUUGUAACCAGUUUCUUGUUUCCGCAACAUAUUAAACAAUCCUGAAAAUGA